AUGCGUCUUUCAUUCGUAUCACUGUUGGUCCUGGAGGCCAUACCCGUGUUGGGCUUUCCUACUAGAAAUGUCGGGCUUUCAGCCCUGCGGCGCUAUGAGGCUGUUCCUGUCCUCAGACUCAAAGUGCCGAGAUCGAAUAAUGUAUCAGAGGCGGGGCAGGCCAAGGGAGAAGCUGCAAAGGAGACGGUAGCGGUGACCAAUCAGACCACAUUGACUACCGCUGAAGUCCUAGCAGUAGCGGAGGAAUUUGAAGAAGGUACCGUCAGAACUGUUGGAGUAUUCGGUUCGGCGAACCCAGUGCAAGGUGGCAAUCUCUUCACCAAGAUGAAGCUGCCAGCAAAUACCGCUGGAGCAAUCGAAGCCGAAUACAACGGUACAGCCGCGAACACCAUCACCGUGGCCCCCAAGAUGGCAACCAUCGCACCUCCGGCAGGAUUGAUGUAUGUCGACCCGCUCACCUUCACUAUCUCGACGGCCACGCCACCCGAGACUGGAGACCAGCACCAGGUUGACUACAUCUUUGGAGAAGCCUCGAGCAAUGCUGUCGACAUCUCCCAGUCUGUGCUUGGAAAGCUGGACACAGCCACGAACCAGUUCGUGACUGAAGGUCUUGGGGAGCUUGAAUUCGAAGCAGAGGAGAGUGAAAUCGCUCUGAAGGUCGCUGAUAUGAACGGUGAAUGGGCUGUGUUUGUUCCAACAACCGCCGUCAAGGCCGGCGAGGGAGAAGAAGCCGAGGAGGCUACAGAGGACCCGGCAGCGGAGGAAUCUGAGGAGGAGGAGGACUAA